AUGCCGAAAGUACUGGUCAGAAUUACCGAAAAGACUUCCUGGUCUACCAAUAGUUUGGAAAGAGCUGUGCAGCUAAUUGAUCAAAAAGAACAAAGCAAAGGAAGCUCAAAGCAAGUGUCUGCUAUACAAGAAUUUAUUAAGUUGCCAGAGAAAGAAGCAUCUAUCCUCAUACAAGACAAGUCCGAGAGAAGCAGCAUUGUACAGUUUUAG